ACUAAGUAAAUGAUAAAUGAUAAAUCCGACAGUAGCUUGCCAUUGCCCAGCGGUUGAGUGGAGAUGCACGCAGGAACAUUCAUAUAAAACCACGCAUCGCACACAGUACGUGUAGGCACACUGUACUUUCGCUUCACUGAGGACCAAAUGCACGCAUUGAAACACGCUCUUUUCUUGAAAGGAGAGUUUUAACUCAUCGAGGCCUUAAACCGGAAUUUAAAAUACGCAGAAAAAAAAGAGAAACAAUUUCCUCGGAGGAGUCCUGACUCUUCCUCUCUUCCCCAAGGUGAUGCCCUCUGAUUUCAUCUCCCUCCUCAGCGGGGAUUUGGAUCUUAAUUCGCCGAAGAGUUCGUAUUCCAAAGAAUCUGUCUAUGACCUACUGCCAAAAGAGCUACAACUUUCAUCAGGUGAGACAAAAAUUGCAUCAAUGAGUCAGAAAAGUGGUGGUGAUGAGGCAACUUCUCCCCCUUCCGCUGCAGUUGCUCCUGAUGUCUCCUCCUGCGGUGGUCAAAGCAACACCUUCACCCCAUCUUCCAAACCUAGCAUGCAUUCUACCUCAGUAACUGACAACACAUCUAUGCAAGUAGAUAGCUGCACUCCAGAACAGGGGGUAAGUGCCCAUGGGGUAAGUGAAUUACUGAGCUAUGAAAAUCAGUUAAGUAAUGCCUCACAGCUACAGUCCACACCUAAAAGGAGAACAGUCCUCAACAUCUCUCCACCACCUGAAGACUUGCUGGAUGACAGCAGGAUGUCUUGUCAGGAUGAUGCAGCUGACUCGGAACAGAGCAGUAGUAUAUGGAUGGAGGACUCGGGCUCUAACUUCAGUAUCAUGAGUUCUAGUUCCUAUAAUGACAACACAACAGUACCGCGGAAAUCACGAAAACGUUCACCGAAACAACGACCUGGAUUUGUGCGUGUGGAUGAUGAAGAGUCAAAUAUGGAUGUGUUCGAUGCAGACAGUGCAAAAGGACCCCAUUAUGUACUUUCUCAACUCAUCUCAGAAGGCAAAAACAGCUCGAAGGGAAGCAAUGGAACAACAGAGCCUCAAAAAUCUUCUUUAAAGAAAGGCCCAACACUAACUGCUCACUAUCCUGGUAAAAGUGAAGGUAAAGAACUGAAAGUACUAGUACAACCUGAGACACAGCACAGGGCACGGUACUUGACAGAAGGUAGCCGUGGCUCUGUGAAAGAUCGGACCCAGCAAGGCUUCCCAACAGUGAAGUUGGAAGGUUACAAUCAACCAGCAAUCUUACAAAUUUUUGUGGGAAAUGAUUCUGGCCGAGUCAAACCUCAUGGUUUUUACCAAGCAUGCAGAGUCACUGGGCGAAAUACUACUCCUUGCAAGGAGGUGGACAUUGAUGGAACAACUGUGAUUGAGGUCAACUUGGAUCCUGGAAGUAAUAUGACAUUAGCUGUUGACUGUGUUGGAAUUCUAAAGCUAAGGAAUGCUGAUGUUGAAGCACGUAUUGGUGUUGCAGGAUCCAAAAAGAAAAGCACUCGUGCACGGUUGGUAUUCCGAGUAAAUAUUGCUCGUGCUGAUGGGUCUACUUUAACACUGCAGACGCCUUCAUCAUCGAUCCUCUGCACCCAACCAGCUGGAGCACCUGAGAUAUUGAAAAAAAGCCUUAAUACUUGCACAGUGAAAGGAGGUGACGAUUUAUUUUUGAUUGGAAAAAACUUUUUGAAAGGCACAAAGGUUAUUUUUCAGGAAAAUAAUUCAGAUGAGAAUAAUUCCUGGAAAGCAGAGGCUGAAAUAGACAUGGAACUAUUUCAUCAGAAUCACCUUAUUGUGAAAGUUCCUCCUUACCACAAUCAGCUUAUAACUGUGCCAGUUUCAGUUGGUAUAUAUGUUGUAACCAAUGCUGGAAGAUCACAUGAAGUACAGCCUUUUACCUUCACUCCAGAUCCAGCAAACUCAUCAGAUAUCAUUGUGAAGAAAGAAAUUCCUGUACAACCAUGUUGCAUUGACGAAGCAAUGAAAGCUGCAGCAGCAAAAGUCACAGGCUGUAAUCCAGAUGAACAAAAUCUUCCCAAAGCCUUGCUGCCACCCCUUCUGCCAUCUGUUGUGGUAAAGAAUGAGGAAGCCAUUUCAAUGGAUGUGGUAUCGAAUCAGACACCAUCUACAGUCUUUAAAGUAUCAUCUUUUGUUUCAACAGUCAGAAAUACAUAUUUUGUGAAUCAAGAGAUGGGAGCUGGACAGCAAUCUUUGGAAAUCUCAUCAAGCAUUACAACUGGGCCUUCAUUCUCUGGAUCUGCCUCCAGGAAAGGAGGAGACAGUGAUCAGCACCAGCAAAUUCAGUCAAGUGUGUUUCCAAGCACAGAUGCCUUAUCUGCUGUACGGAAGCAAGACAUUUCUCAGCCAUGCCCGUUUCAGGCAUCAGAAUGUACCACCCAGGUCCAGAAUAACGAAGGUUUGCUGCAGCAACCAGCCCAGUUUCACAAUGCUGGCAUGUUGUUAGAUUCAAGAGAGGUACAACCAAGAGAAAUGUUACCAUUAGAUGUAUCUAAGAUUUCCUUAUCCCAGAUGCCUGAAUCAGCUCUGCAGCAGCAAAAGCAGCAGAAGCAGCAACAGCAGUCACAGGCCCAGGCACUACAGGAACAUUCAGCCAAUAUCUUCCAACAAAGCAGCAAUGCAUCACAGUUGCAAAGUGCUUUGCAGUCUUUGCAACCAGGAAACUUCCAGACGAAUUCUGAAAAUGGCAGAAGUGGCAAUGUAAGUCUCGUUCAACAGAGUUUGGAGGCUUCUCAGCAGCAAUUGGCCUCUGUUUUAUUUACUGGAUCCAGCCCAUCUGAGUCGAUACAGCAACCUGUGGAACAGGUGCAAAAGCAAAUAAACACAGGGAUGUUCCGCCAAGUAAAUACUAUGCAGAGCAACCUCCCUCAAGAUCUGUUCUCAAAUUCAGAUAAUGGAACCCUUCCUAGAUCUGAAAGUGUUCUUUCUGGACCUGAGAAUUCAUUGUCAACUCAACAGGUGCUGGAGUCCCCAACAAGCAUGAUGUUGGGAAUGCAACGGAAUAUUUGUCAAGGACCAGGGCAGCUGCAGUCAGAGUUGUAUCAAUCCCCUUUAAAUGGAAACCUCCAACAAUCUGAUAUUUUUCAGCAAACUACUCAUGUUAUGUCUAGUUUGCAAUCCAGUGAUGGAAAUCAGCAUCAGAUAUCACACAGUGCUUUGUUUUCAGCCUCUACAACAGUAGAAGGGAAUGAAAACACAGGAAACCCACAACAACAAACAUCUUCGCCAAAUGUCUUUCAGUGCUCUAAUUCUAUGGUUGCUGUGGAAGACACCUCAGUGCAGCCAAACCAGAGGCAAACUGAUAUGUUUGAAUCAAUUGUACAGAUGCAGCAAACUGGAGAAAAUCAGCCUCAAGUAACCUUAUUUUCAAAUUCAGAUGGGUUGAUGCAUGUGAAAACUGGUGGCUCCUCACAACCAACUGGGAUUUUUCAGCAGAGUGGAGAAAUGAUGUCUGCACAAACUGGAAACUUCCUGCAACAAUCUCACCCAUCGUCAGAACUAUUCCAUCCACAAAACUCUCUCAAUCAAGUUCAAAAUGCAUCCCAUUCACAGACUGGGCUCUUUCACUGCCCAAACAAUGUCUUGCAACAUCAGAACACUGCUGCUUCCCAAGAUCAAGUACAGUCAGCAAUAUUUCAUUCUCAAGGCUCAUUGGCAGUUCUCCAAGGCUCAUCAAUUGCCCAAGAUCAGCAACAAGGCACUCUUUUUCUUUCUCCAAACUCUUUGCCUUCACUUCAAAGUAACAGUAUUUCACAGGAAAAGCAACAGGUCAGCUUUUAUUCACCACAGAGUACAAUUCCAACACUCCAGAGUUCAAGCAAUCCUGAGCAACAAUCUGUGAAUGUCUUUCAGACGCAGACACAAAUGUCUCAGAUUCAGAAUACAAUGAUUUCUCAAGAACAGCAGCAACAACAGCAACAGAACCUUUUUCAACAUCAAGUGACCUUAUCCUCUUCUCAAGCUAAUACUUCUCCACAAAAUCAGCAAGCAUCUAUCUUUCAGACCCAACAUUCGAUAGCUGCACUUCACAACAGCACUUCACCUCAAGACCAACCUCAGAAUGUUCUUUUUAAUUCUCAGAAUUCAAUAAAUAACAGUAUAACUUCCCAGGAACAGCAGCAGCAGAACAUUCUUUUCAACUCUCAGAGUUCUAUACCUGCAAUGAAUACAAAUCUGGCUUCUCAGGAGCAGCAAAACCAAACCCUUUUUCAUUCUCAGCCUAAUAUGGUGUCAGUUAAUCAAGACCAGCAAUCAUCUAUACAAUUCCAAAAUCAGACUGCUUCACUUCAAAAUAGUGGGACGCCUCAGGGAGAUCAAAAACAGUCAUCAGUUUUUCAUGGUCAACCUCAAAUGCAGCUUGUUCAAAAUUCAGGGGGCACUCAAAAUCAGCAGGCGACACUGUUCAUUUCUCAAACUUCAAUGUCUGCAUUACAGAAUAACAUGAAUCAACAAGAGAUACAGCAGUCUAAUGUGUUUAAUCCUCAAAAUAAUGUAUCUGUCCUUCAAAACAACACACCUGGAUCAGGCCAGCAACAAAAUACACUUUUUCACCCCCAUGGGACCAUGAAUCAACUUCAGAAUUCACCUACAUCAGCACAACAACCCACUGGUUUAUAUUUGUUUGGAAUUCAAAGUGAUUGCAGACAAUUGAUGAGCAUAACAAAUGUGUCUCAGCAAUGUCCAAGUGGACCGCCUAUGUCUGAUCAACUGCUUGUGAUAAACCAGUCAGGGCAAGCACAGAAUGAAGGACAAGCCGUUUCUCCACUUCUCUCACAGCAGAUGACUGAUUCAAGGCAACUAUCAUCAACCAUUCCUACUGAACAGAACAUGGAAAAAAUCGAUGACAUCCUUGUCUCAUUACAGAACCAGGGAAGAAGCAUCAGCAGCUCUUUUAAUCCAUAGGUAUUCAUAUGGUACAUAUUCAAGAAGAUGUGAAGAAAUGUCAAACUUGUGUGAAACCAGAAUGCUGUCAUAUGAAGGGAAAAUUGAAUUAUGUGACUGUACCAUGAAGGGAAAGUUAAAGUAUUGAUAUUCCUUGUAUCCAUUUCAGCUUUUAAACCUGUCCUUGACCUAUAUUUUAAAUCAUGAAGCUUAAAUUCUUUAUUCAUUGCACUUUGAGUGCAUAAAUCCAGAUUUUUAAUGAUGUUUUCUUGUUUGCAUUCCACUGUGGAAGGUGCAUCUGACAGAGUGCAUGUCUACAAUUAGCCAGCUCCCUCUUAAAUUUGAAUAUGUUGACAUUAUUACAAAGGUUUUCAUUAAGUCAUGCUGAUUAACACUCAGCAAAAAAUUAAGAUUACUAACAAUAUAUUAGGAAAGCUUGUUUAGACAGAACAUAACACUUAUCAGCUACUUGUGCUAAACGUGCAUAUAUAGUGGCAGUUGUGUGCUGUAUAGCUUCUGAAAUUCAAAUUCAUUAAAUUUCAGAAUCGUACAAUGUGCCAUCAUUUCAAUGUAUGUGUGUUUAGAGGUCAUGGGUUAGUUUCUAUCCCAUCAUCUCUUUAUCAACUUUAUCUCAAAUAUAUAAAUCCAUUAUGCAAUGUAUCAUCACGACACAUGACCAAGAUUCAGCGUUGAUCAGGAGCCACAAAAGUCUGCCUGCAUAAGUAGAAUCUAUAGUAUAGCAAUAAUGAAGACAGUCUGCAACCAGGCAGUUGAAUUUUAGAUCUGUGUCUAUCCUGGAAAAUGUUUCAGUUAUAAUGACAGCAAACAUUGGACAUAACAAAAAGGAUCUGGAAGAGGUUGAUAAUCUCUCUAUUCUUCCUCAAAUAGCUACAGAAUUCAGUUCUAUUUAUUUGGCUAAAUAUAUGGUGAGCUUUGUAUUGGAUCCUGUCUUGACAUUGGCAUUGUGUGUGUUUUUUCCCCAUAAUAAGAGUAAAGCGUUACUCAUAAUCCUAGUAAGAAACUUCAAUUACAAAUGAAAUGAAUGGAGCUCACUGACUCCAUGAAAAAUAACUGGCAAAUAAUAGAAUACAAUGGAUUCCAGUUAAUUGGGGAAUCUGCUUAUUUGGGACAACUCGUAAAGAACAAAAACUUAAUUGAGAAAAUAGCUGGGAUUUCCUUCGUUUAUUUGGGACACUGUGCUGCUUAAUUGGGACAAGAGGCUUGCCGAAAGGUUUUUAAUAAGCAAUUGUGCAUUUAUGAGGCCAUUAGACACUGCACCAUGCUUAGAACUAACAACUUUUAAAUUGCAUCAGUUACCUGUGUUUGUGUUCAAAAAGCAGUGAUUUUUGUCACUGAUACUUGGCAAGAAAUAAGCUGUAAGACAGUUCAGAACAGUUUUGCUCACUGUAGUUUCAAGCAUUUAGGCUUAGAGAUGCCAGAAACAGCUGGGAGUGAAAAUGGAAUUUGAAGGUAUCCCAAUCUUGAAUGUUACAAUGAAAAUGAAGAUUUAGAGGAUGCAAUAGUCAAAAACAUAGUAUGAAGGCAGGCCAUUAUCUACACUCGGUGUCUGCAGUGAUUUUGUUCAUUUACAGUCAGUUGAAAGAACACAGCAGACUACUCUGGAUGAAUUCUUCCAUCAAUAAAUAUUGGGAAUUAAUACACCAUUUUAUAGCAUUGUAGUAUUGGUAGUGUUCUGAUUUGUAUUUUAUUUAAAUUCAUAAUUUGUUUUCAGUUAAAUGGUGGUUUGAAUUUAUUACGCAUUUUUAACUAUUUCCAUGAAACUUCAGCUAACUGGGGCAGCUGCUUAUUUAGGCUAAAAUGUGCUGGUCCUGAUGCAUCCAUUGUAGAAACCUCGCCUUACUGUUAGCAAGAAGUCACUUAAUUAAUAUAAUAGGUGACAUAGCAUGUUUGGGUGUUAUAAAGGCAUCAUUGUUACUGAUUUCUGGAUCAUAAUUUUUGAUCCAACUGAAAUUAAUUAUGACUCUGCCUUGUUAUUUCCAAUCCUUUUCUCACAGUCAGCUCGCUGCUUAUUGCGCGUACAUGUGUACAUGCUAGAUUGUAAAGGGAAAAGAAGUCUAAUCUCUAGUUUUCCUUUGCUGUUAAUUUUAAACCUGAAAUCUCUGGUUUUGUAUUCAUUGCCUGCAACCUUGUUUCACACAGAGGUAAAUGUUAUCUUUCUGACAGUCUUGUAACUGCAAACAAAGAAGUGACCUUUCUACCCAUUAACAGAGGACGGUCUAUCAGGCAGCAAUUAAGUAAUCAAUUUGCUCGGUUGGGUACGUCUCUAUCUUGAUUAGAAAACGACCAGUAAAUUCCCUUUUCUGUUUGCUAGUUAAUAUGAAUUUUAAGACCAUCUGUCCACUAAUUUUGUUGUUGAAGAAGCAGGAGGCACAGUUUUAAACUUUUGACAUCAGAACACAAUAGAUGCUGAUUGGACUGUGAUAAAUGUUAAAAUACUAAGGACCAUCGCUCUUCAUGUAGACAGGAUCAUAAAGAUCUGCUACCUUGGUCUGUCCAGAAAGCACAUACAUUGAUGGCAAUAUCUGUAUGUACCACUUGUGAAGAUUGCACCUUUCCUAAUCUGGGAUCAUUAGGUUGAAUAUAUGUCAGUCCUGCCCAGCAAUUACAGGUGGUAUGGUACGGAACUUCUGACUUAGAUUGAAUGUCCAUGAUUGAUAUUGAGGAAUAGGAUGAAUACUAUACGUGUUCAUACCAAUGACAGCCCGAGAUAAACCCAUCACAUACUUAAAUUGAACAAUCAGAAGGUCUAACAGUGAGACCUGUAUAUUCUCCAAAUAUUGAGCAGUGUGACCUACAUUAAUGAAUGCAGUGAUUUAUGGAGUGAUCUCUUCAAGAAACCCUCAAGCAUGUCAAGAUACUUAAAGACACAGACUCUUUAUUUUGGAACUCUUAUUCAGAUGUGAUUGGUGCUGCCUUUUUCAAUUUCUUAAAGCAUCAUUCUCCAUAAUUUUUAGAAAAAUUAUGACCAAAUACCUAUUCUAAUCAGAGGACUAUGUGCUUGUUUCAUAUAUGACCCCCAGUAUAAUAAUCUAAUCAAUAUCUUAGAAACAAAACCAUUAGACCCUUUGGCAUUCCCAGUAUUUUGAUAUUCCUGUUAAGUUGUACUACUGAUAGAGUUAUAAUUUUAUCUAGUUACUUAAAUGAAUAUUUUAAUCAAACUUGCAAAAUUUUCUUUUGCAUGUGAUGAGCAGGAUGUGGUUUCCUGACUUUCAGUAGUAGUGAGAACAUCAAUUUUUACAGGAAAAUAAUUGUGAAUCUGUAUAUGUGAAGGAUUCAUAAUCUGAAUCUAAGAAUGUACCUACAGUAUAAUUCGCUAUUAUCUAGAAAGCUGAUUGACUUUGAAACACAAUGGACAGGUGAAUGGGAACAUUUUUCUUUCCUAAAUCCAAUAUUUGAACUUUGAUGUUGUAGUAUAGUGGCAUUUUUGCAUUUGCUCUUAGAAAUGCAAAUUAAAAUUUGAUUUAGAUACAGUAUUAAAUGUUUUAAUGUUGAUGUAAACCAAAGUUUGGAUGUAUUCAAUAGCUUUAUACUUUUCUAGUUGUAAGUAAACAUUUAAUAGCUUUAUAAGUAUUGUGCAGACCUAAUGUAAAUAUUACACUUUUUGAUACAGAUAAAUGUUAGUUUAACAUCAUGUCACCAGUCAGUAUUAAGGUACAGGUUCCCUUGUUAAAAGGUAUCAUUAUUAGAUAUCUUGGAAGAAGUGGGAGGGGGAAAUCCCAUUGAAGACACCUGUCCAUUAAAUAUAACCCAUCACCAUUAUAAAAGAUCUUUCUUUAAAAUUUAACUACUAUUUCGCAGGUUCUUAACACUAAAAAAUGAUUGGUAUCCACCUAGAUCUAAUGAUUAAACUUCUUUAGAGAAAGUGGAUAUGAUGCACAUUGUAUGCAAAAUAAAAAAGACAAACAUAUCAAUAUGAAACUGAAAUGGAUAUUUAACAAUACUUCAUAGGUCAAUAUGUUAACCAAAAUAUGACCUGGCUUUUCAUUUUUGCUGCACUCUGUUAACACUUCCACUGGGAUGAGCUGGAUAAUGUAAAUGAAACAGCUAACUUUCCUUUGGAAAGAUGAGCUUUUGGUUGAAAUCAAAGUAAACAUGCUCUAAUAAUGGAAUUUCCAGCACUUUAUUCAGCUAAUAUUGUGACCAUUGAUUCCCUUUAAUGUGUCAGUGAUUUUUUUUCUCUGUCAACUGUCCACAGUACUACUUUUAAGUAUUUAUGUUUAUGAAAAGUCAUUCAAUUGUAUAUUUCUUUUCUGUUUACUGUAAAUAUUUAAACUAUUUUCUUACUGUGCACAUUUUGAGCCAUGCAAAAACUUUAAGCAGCUACUUCUCUUCCUUAAGAGGCACUGAAGAUGUUUUCGGUGGUACGGUCUUUACUUGUUAUGAAGGGAGCUUCAGCUGCCUGACCAGCUUUUAGGUCAGUAAUUUUAAAUACAGAAUUUCUAUUCAAAUUUGGAUGGUUUAUAUCUAAUGUAUGUUUCAUUUUUUGGAAAGCAGCAUUUUUUAUAUGUAUGUGUGUAUGUAUAUAAAAUAUAUACAUGCAUAUAUACAUUCACACAGAUAUAUAUGAAAUGGCAUAAUAUUUUGUUAUUUGUACUAAGUGAGUACAAUCAAAUUAUAAACUUUACCACAUAUUUCUGUGGUGGCUGAGAGACUUUGUCAAAAUGAGUUUGGAUUGGCACUUUUGCUACUACUGUUUUUGAAUGAUUUUAAAUGUUUUAAAUGGUAAUCAAAUAUUUAUGGGACAUAGUGUAAACUAGUAGGGCUAAAUAUCUUUUUAAAUACCUUUGCAUGAGAAUUAAUAUAACCAGAAAAUGGUGAAUAGAAACAUAGGAAUAUUUUUCAGAUUUCAGCACACCAGUGUUCAUUUUAUCAUGAAGCAGAGCUGAAACCUAAACAUGCAUAUAAAAAAUCUAAAUGACAUAUUUUGAGUUCACUAUUUACCAUGAUUCUAUUAUUGGUCUUGUACUACUUUGUUUCCAUUACUGCUAGUGCACAUAGUAGCAGUCUAAAUAAAAGAAAGUGAAUUUAUAUUGCUGAACAAAAUCCUGAAUUUGUUGUGUAUUUCAACACAAUAUAAUUAGACCUCUCAGUGAUUCCUUGUAAUCUGUCUCUUUGUUUUGCAAUAACCGAUCCAGUUAAUACUUAUUAUUUCACGUUCCUAGAAACAAUUGCAUGUCUUCAUUUUACACAUUAUAGUGUUGCUGACGCUGCAUAUCAAAUUGAUUCGUUUCUUUAUUUAAGAUUUAACCCAAUUUAGUGAGCUAAUUAUGUUAUCAUUGUUCCAGAGGACUUCUUUGUGGCACCACAUUUCUGAAGAUCUCUUCCAGUGUGAAGUUUAAGUGUACCUACCCCCAGCCCUCCCAAUGACAAUCCCCCAUUUAGCCGUGACCACCAGCCCUCUCUCUCCCUCAACUCCUCUUUUCUAGUUCCACAGCCCUUUAGCCUUGGAUGCCACUGAAAUCUGCAGUAGCUGGCUCUUACCUGCAUGGUUAUUAAUACUAUGCAUCCCUUGACUUUUUGUUUUUCCUUGGAUUUUUCGAAAACAUACUUAAUUUAGUUGAGCCAGCUUUAUAUCAGAUUUUAGUUCUGUGACUUCUAUAUUGUUUGAUCACUUAAAAAUUCUGAUAUAAGAUUUGAGUUUGCAUUUCCAGGCUCUUGUUUUUGCUAAUAAAAGGCACAAUUAUUAGACUAAUGGAACAGAUUAUAAUUCAACUAAACGCUUCUGUUUUUAUGAACUUUUAAUUAAAAAUCUAGUGGAUAGAAAAGAUGGGACGCAAACAACAACAUUUAUCAAGCAACCCAUAAAAUUAUAACUACUGUUUUUUAUAUUUUUCCUCACUUUCAUUCAUCCUAUUGGUACUACUCUGUUGAGAUGACCUAAUCAAAAUGUGCAAAUAUUCUGCUGGUUUUGUAUAGAUAAUUUUGAAAAAAUGAGAGUUACUCAUAUUUCUACACAAUAACUAGUAGGAAAUUUGUAAAUAUUUAAUCUUGCAUUUAAACUAAAAUUAAUUAAAUUGGCAGUGAAAUGAAAAGUAUUUAGUACUAGGACUGAUGGGCAUGUCAUGUGACAAAUGAGGAGCAUUAAAAUAGCUUCCUUGCUUGUAAUAUUUUUAAUUUGAAUUUAAAGUUUUACUGACACUUUAACUUUAUGAUCAAUAACUAUUGUUCUGGAAGUAAAUAAUAUCUGAAUCAAAGUUUUGCAUGAGUCAUCCAAUUUUAUUCUUUCAAGAAAAUGAGAAUUAAAGUCCACUAAUCUUUUGUUCUCAUUCACCCAUAUUAAAUUGGCAUAGCAUAUUAAUGUUUAGUGAAACUUAUUUCCAUUUUCAUAUGCUUUUUUUUCAUUUGGAAAGAAAGCACCGGUGAGGUUUUCUAUUAAUUGUAAGGUAGUCAUCAAAUUCCACAUUUUCAACAGAGGAACCAUGAUUGUAGAUCAGAAUGCUGGCACAUUCUGUUCAUCUUGUUGGAGGCUGUUGACAUUCAUCAGCUUCCAACAAGAUGUACAAAUUGAAGAAUUAAUCUUUACAUCCUUUUAAUUAACUCUCUUUAAUUGUCCUUAUAUUCUGCAUAUUCAAAUACAAUGCAAAUAUAAUUUAAAUUGGAACACCAAUUCCAUGAUUUCUCCCACAACACCUAGCAGAAAGUAACAAAAAAAAGUCCCAGAGUUUUUAACUUUGUCCUAAAUUACUGUAGGUCCUUUGGACAAAUAUUUUACAAUAAAUAAAAAUUUUGGCAGUAAUAAAAAUGGGAAGUGCUGGAAACACUCAUUAUCAGCAGUCAAAGAAACAGUUAAUUUUUAAGGUCAAAAACUCUUCAUUAGAAAAAAUGAAAAAAAAAGUUACUUGUUAGUUACAGAGGUGAGAGAGGCAUUGAUAAGACAGAGAGAGCAUAUCUGAUAAGGUGAAGCCUGGCCUUUAUUUCAAAUUUACAGCAUCUGCAAUUUCUUGAUUUUCAUAUUUUACUAGAGUAACUGUUUUUUAUAUUUUUGUCAAGUCCACAGAUUUUAAUAUAACAUUGCUUCAUUCAAUAUACCAGGAGCAUUCUAGCAGAAGAUUUCAGGUGGUAGUUCACAAACAGUGCAUUGCACUGGUAGAUUUGUGAGUCUGCAGUGUUUUAAACCAAAAUAGCAGUAAUACUCAGUACUCAAACAGUAAUUUCAUAUUUAAUGAACAAACAUAAAAAAAAUGCUAUAUUUCAAUUACAGAGUUGGAUCGUAUACAGCACAACAAAAUAUCUACACUUCUUCAGCAUUACAUACCAUUCAUCUUUCAGAGACAUUUUUCCCCUGCCAAUUUUUGCCUUCUGAGAAAUAUUCUCCAAUUUUCUUGGUGUUUCAACAACUCUAUCAUUGUCAAGGCAGAAUUUGUCUGUCAAAUUUUUGCCAUCUCUCCAAUCACACUUAAAAUGAAGGCAGACGGUAUAUAUUCACUUUUAUAAUUAUUGCAUAUACAAAAUGCCUCAAUGAUGUUUGAUUUUAAUGUUAAAGGAAUGGUUCAGUGGUUAAUUGUGUAAUAAGAAUAAGAGAAAUUGAUAAAAUUUCUGAAAAUCUUUUUUCUCUCAAUGUAAAUAUGUCCAAAUCUUUGAUAUAUUUCUCCAAAUAAUGGGGAAAUUGUAUUUAAAAAUGGAUUACUUUCUCUGCUCUUUUUGGUUUUCUGUGCCGGCGGCACAGUAGCGUAGUGUUUAGCACAAUGCUUGACAGUACAGGCAACCCAGGUUCAAUUUCCACUGCUACCUGUAGGGAGCUUCGGUUUCCUUCCACAAUCCAAAGGUGCACUAGUUGGUAGGUUAUUAAUCAUUGUAAAUUGUCUUGUGAUUAGGCUAGGAUUAAAUCAGGGUAUUGUUGGGCCUAUUCUGCGCUGUAUCUCAAUCAAUAAAUAAAUAGAUAGAUGAAAACUUGUAACCAAUACAUAUAUUGCAUAGAGUGUUCUUAGGAACAGGUCUGGUAUGUAAAAGUAGCAAUACUUUCUUUACGGGGAACUAGUUUAACUUAUAAAAAUAAAGUGGAUUAAGUAGUUGCUCUGAAAUACUUAAUUGUUUGGAAAUAAGGUUUUUUUUGCCACAGAAGUUAUCUCAACAUUUCAACAGAUAAAUAUUUUAAGGAGAAAAUUUGCAUUUUUAAACAGUGUAGAUUUAUUUCAAAAGGCUUAGAUUAAAAUCACCUUAGUAACAAAUCAAUGAUUGGAUUGUGAAUUAUACAGUCUCUUUCUGCUUAUUAAGUUAAACAUUUUAAAAUUACUAACAUAAGCCAUUAACUGUUAUAAUUGUAAAGAUGUAACUCAAAGAACAUUUGUACUUUAGUAAUCAUCUCAGCAAGUAGCAUUGUAUAUACAAACUCUUAAAUGUUUUCACAGUCUUGAAAACAUAUUUUAUAUCUGUUGAACCAGAAUUAGAAAUUAAUUAGUGUGAAAACAGAAAUAUCCACCAUUUUUGAAAUUCACGUUAACCAAUACUUGAGAUGCAAUGGAUGGCAUUCAAGCCUUGGCUGGAAUUUAUUCCUGAUAUUAUUUCAUCCAAACUUCCCACCUAACAUAAUGUUCUCAAAAUGAGUUAAACCAUUGAAUGUAGAACUUGGUAAAUUGGAAUUCCCAGCAAUAAGAUAUGAAAUGUACAAACGAGCAGAUCUAUCUGUGGUAAGUGACUGCCAGAAAUAUUGAACAGUGUUUUUCCCUGGCAUUGUAUUGACAGAUGUGUUUAUUUUACUUACAAAAUUUCUCAGCCAAUGGUAGUCAAGCUAUAUCAACAUAGUUUCCAUCAGAGAUCACAUUUCACCAUUCCUGUUAGCUGCAGUGGAGUACCAAUGGCAGAGACAGUGGUGUCCUCCUGCUAGUUUUUGUCAGUGCACUAAGAGCAAAGGUAUAUGGAUUUUUCAACCAAUAUCAUUGUUGAUGAAAUCCAACAUUCUCCUCGCUCAUUGAGAGGAAAAUUGCCAGUAAAUUAUAAACUGGAUUUGAUUCCAUCUGUUUAAUUAACUCACUUUAGAAUUGAAACCAUUGAUUAUAUUGCACAUUGAACCACUGAACCUACUUUUUAAUUUUCCUGCUAUGAUGUGAAAUCAGUAUCGAAAUGUGUUACUGAUGUUAUGCUUAAGUAGUCAUUUACUAACAGCACUGAUGUGGGUGGUUUGGGAGAUACUUCUUGCAUAGAUGUUUAACUAUUGAAUUUAAAUAAAUAUUUUGCUUUUGUUGGGAUAUUUGUAUACUCUAGCAAUUAUAUUUCUGUAAAUUGCUGCUAUCUAUAUAAAUAAAAAAAUAAGC